AAGAAAAAGACAUUUGAUUGAGUUUUGCCGAUGAAAUUGACGCGGGCCCAUUGAAUGCUACAUUUGCCAAAUUUUAGUUAUUAAAAGCAUCCAUUUCCUCUAUUUUUGUCUCGUUGUUUGGUAUUCUUUUUACACAUCUGUUUAAAGAUCCCUUUUUCGUUGCAUUGUCUGUUCCCGUCUCUCUCAUGGCGUCUUUUCUCAGCCUAUCUCCACCUUCUUUACUCUCCACUUCAGCGCCGUGUUUGUCGCCGGCCAAGACUCCAUUUUUGCACCCAGUUGAUAGGAACCCUACAAGAAAAUAUCAUCAGAGAGUCCAAAUCAGCAAGUUUCCGUGUAGCUUUCUUGAUUUGGAACCCAAGUCAAAACCUGAACCUUUGGAUUUUGAUGUCCCUUGGUUUCAUCCCGCCGACGGGCGUCGGUUUGAUGUGAUUGUUAUAGGGGCGGGUCCAGCAGGCCUCCGGCUUGCUGAGCAGGUUUCAGGUCAUGGGAUUAAGGUAUGCUGUCUUGAUCCUUCACCCCUUUCUAUGUGGCCGAACAAUUACGGUGUUUGGAUUGAUGAGUUUGAGAGUUUGGGACUGGAGGACUGUUUGGACAAAACAUGGCCCAUGACUUGUGUUUUUAUCAAUGAUAGAAAAAUAAAGUAUUUGGACCGUGCCUAUGGUAGAGUGAGUAGGAAAGAGCUGAAGUUGAAGUUGUUGUCUAAUUGUGCAGCCAAUGGUGUGAAGUUUCAUAAGGCCAAAGUUGGGAAAGUAGAGCAUGAGGAGUUUGAGUCCUCCAUUGCUUGUGAUGAUGGAACUGAGUUGAAAGCCAGUUUAAUUGUUGAUGCAAGUGGUUUUCGGAGCAGUUUUGUAGAGUAUGACAAGCCAAGAAAUCCUGGUUAUCAGAUUGCUCAUGGUAUUCUGGCUGAAGUUGAUCAGCAUCCCUAUGAUUUGGAUAAGAUGGUUCUCAUGGAUUGGAGAGACUCCCAUCUGGGAAAUGAGCCGUAUUUACGUGCUAGCAAUUCAAGAUUGCCCACUUUUAUGUAUGCAAUGCCUUUUGAUUCCAACUUGGUGUUUCUUGAAGAGACCUCUCUUGUUAGCAGGCCGCUGCUAUCAUACACAGAGAUCAAGCAAAGAAUGGUGGCAAGGCUGAGGCAAUUAGGCAUACGAGUGAGAACGGUGAUUGAGGAUGAGAAAUGCUUGAUCCCGAUGGGCGGACCGCUUCCACGGAUCCCUCAAAGCAUGAUUGCAAUUGGGGGAAAUUCCGGGAUUGUGCAUCCAUCCACUGGCUACACGGUGGCUCAGACGAUGGCUGUUGCCCCUGUGGUUGCUGAGGCGAUCGCGGAGUGCCUUGGUUCAACAAGAAUGAUCAGAGGGAGUCAUCUCUAUCGUAGAGCGUGGAAUGCGUUGUGGCCAGUUGAGAAGAGAUGGUGCAGGGAGUUCUAUAACUUUGGGAUGGAGACUCUGUUGAAACUUGAUUUGAAUGGGACAAGAAGCUUUUUCGAUGCUUUCUUUGAGCUGAAUCCCCACCUCUGGCAGGGGUUUUUGUCUGCAAGACUGUCUUAUGGAGAGCUUAUUAUGCUGGGAAUCAGCUUAUUUGGACGUGCAUCAAACCCUUCAAGGCUGGACAUGCUCACUAAGUGCCCUGCUCCAUUGGUUCAAAUGGUAGGAAAUAUUGCACUUGAAACCAUUUGAUUGAAAUUCUUGUAUUUGUGGCUUUUUAUUUAUGGUCAAAAUAAAUUUAAAAACA